UUUCCCCUCUCGUCCUCCUGAAAAAUUCCAAAUUACACCUUUUUCCCUCGCCGGAAAUCUCUCAUCGUCGCCGGGAAAUGCCCGUCGCCUCUUUUCUCCGGCAACUUACAUUUAAGCUUUAAUGUAGCUUUGUAAGUUCUUUAUUAUAUAUAAAAAAAAGGCCUGUAUCGUAUGGUAUACUUAUUUGCCAUGAAAGGGCAAAAACGUUAUGAUUACUUGUUCGAAUUUUCUACGAAGAUGCAUAGUUGAGUAUAAAGUGAAAUUUACAGUUUAUUCAAUGACAUUAGUAAUUGAUGGACUAUGUAAACUGGGUGAAUUUUGUAAAGCAAAAAAAUUCAUGGAUGAAAAUAUCUCUAAGCCAAACGAUUUGACUUAUAAGAAAAUAUUAAAUAUAUACAUAAAUAAAAAACCAGAUUUUGUUAUUGUGAAGGAGAUUUUGAGGACAAUGGAGAAAGAAGGAUGGGGUUUCGACGUUAAAAGUUAUACUCAACUGAUUAAAUGGUAUUCGACUUUUGGUGAAAUUGAGGAGAUGAAAAGUUUAUUUAUGGAAAUUGAAGAGAAGGGAAUUAAGCCAGAUGUUUAUUUAUAUACGUGUAUGGUCAGUGGAUAUUGUAAAAUGGGUGAUUUAGUUAAGGCAUGUAAGGUGUUCGAUGAAAUGUCUGAGAGAGGACUUGUUCCUGAUGGGUAUAUAUAUGGUGCUUUGAUUAAUGGGUUGUGUAAGAGUGGACUGAUGGAAGCAGCGGAAGUUCGGUUUAAUGAGAUGCGAAGUAAGGGGGUUUGGGUUAAUCGAUGUGUGUUUAACGCGAUGAUGGAUGGUUAUUGUAAGCUGGGUAAUGUGGAGGAAGCGUUAAGGGUGCAGAGAGUUAUGGAGAGAGAAGGAUAUGAGCCUGAUGCAAAUGUUUAUAAUAUUAUUGCUACAGGUUUACGUAAGUUAGAUAAGCAUGAUAAGGCGAAGAGGUUGUUGUUGUUGAUGCUGGAUCGAGGUGUAGUUCCGAAUGCAUUGGCUUAUACGACUUUGAUCGAUAUUUAUUGCAAGCAGGGGGAUUUUGUUGAAGCAAAGGUGAUAUUUAGUGAGAUGGAAAGUAAAGGAAUUAAGCCUAACACAGGAACGUACAAUGCCCUUAUAGAUGGUUAUUUCAAGCAUGGAAAUUUUAUUGACGCGAAAAGGGCGCUUAGAGAGAUGGAAACUAAAGGAGUUAAGCCUAACACGAAAACAUACACUGUGUUGAUAGAUGGUUAUUGCAAGCAAGGAGAUUUUGUUAAAGCUAAAAGGACACUUAUUGAGAUGGAAAGUAACGGUGUUAAGCCUAACACCAAUACAUACACUGUGUUGAUAGAUAGUUAUUGCAAGAAAGGUAUGAUGAAUGAAGCUUAUAAGCUUAUAAUGAUCAUGGAAUCUAAGGACUUGAAACCUAACGUCUAUACAUACACCUCUCUUGUACACGGGGAAUGCAAAUUAGGAAAGGUAGAUAAUGCUCUCAAGCUUUUUAACGUGAUGUCUACAAAGGGUUUAGUUCCGAAUGUUGUGACUUACACAGCGGUGAUUUCUGGCUUAUCACAAGAAGGCAGAUUAGAUGAAGCCCUCAGAUUAUACAAUCAGAUGAUAGAGGCAGGCGUAAUACCCGAUGCUGCUGCAUACUCUGCACUUAGUUUUUUGGUGGAACAACUGGAGCGGCAAAGGUGACCUAGCUAAUGAUUACCCCUGAAACAAAGAAGAGUACAAAGACUAGUAAGACAUUUCAUUACCAAUAGAACAUGGGACAAUGCAAAGAUGCAGAACAUCCCAUCAGAUAGCACAAGUUCAGCAUAUCAAGACCAUUGGAGUUGGUAAGCAUGGCACUCGAUACAAGGUCUUCUGGGACCUCAAACAAGAUGGGAAAUAUUCCAACAAAUCAACUUGGAAACUGAUUAGAGAAAGGAAACCAACAGACCACAAUAUUGCUCAGGUAUGGAACUCCAACAUUCCUUUUACGAUCUCAUUUUUUGUUUGGAAAUUGUGGCACGGCAAACUUCCCUUUGACGAAGUCAUAAGCAGAUUUCAUAUUCUGAAGGAUACUCUAUGCGUCUGCACGGCAAACUUCUAAAAGAAAAUCAAUGCGACAUGUUUUUCUUCAUGGAGAUUCAGCGCAAUAUGUAUGGAAUCACUUUAGAGGGCCACUGGGAAUCAGAAUUCAGACACACCAUCAGGCACACAAUUUACAACCGGUGCAAUCAAAACUCAAAUAAUUCCAUCCACAAGCUAGUUCUUCAAACUAUGCCAGGUCUUAUCUAUUGGGAGAUUUGGAAACAAAGGUGCGAGUGUAAUCAUGGAGGCAAAAUGAAUUUCAACAGAUAUAUGAUUAUCCAACACAUUGGCUGGAACAUUCAGAAUACAAUUACUAAAGCUUAUGCAGAAGUUGGUUUGACAUUACCGUGGAUCACUCUUUAAGAAAAACUUGUGAAGCUGAAACCUGUUCCAAACCUUUGUAUUGUAUGCUGGAAUUUCUAUGAAAAUGGUGUCCUUAAAAUUAAUAAUGACGGAAGCUGCUACCCAGCUAGUGGAAAAUCUGGUAUGGGGGGAUUUUUGAGGGAUGAUAAAGGCAAUCUCAUCUUGGCUUUCUCCUCACUGUCAAGUUGCUGCAGCAGCACACAAGCAGAAGCUAGCACUGCCAGUUAUGGACUAAGCCUUUGCCUUUUGUAAAAUCUGAAGAACUUCACUAUAGAUACUCUCUUUAGUCCUAUUUCAGAUGAUUGUGAACAACCGGCAAUCCAACUACAAGCUGAAUCUCAUUAUUGAGGUGAUACAUCAAAGAAUGAAACAAGAUAAUAUUCAGAAGACAGGAGAUAUAUAGCCCAUGACAUCUGCAAGUAUUCAGAUGACAUUAGAAUAUUCAGAGUGCAAUUGCUCAAGCUUAUCUAAAAGUUGUUCGACAUUACCUUGGAUCUCUCUUUGUGGAAAACUUGUGAAGCUGAAACCUGUCCCAAACCUCUCUAUUAUCGAAAAGUUCGUUCGAUAUUUGAAGUACUUGACAAAUCAGGAUAUAGCUUACGUACUAGAUUAUGUAGGCUACAUUGCACUAGGAUGAUCCCUCUAUCUAUUGAUACAUAACUCCACGGAUUGAUUACACGAAUGCAUAAACUAGGGGUUACUGUAAAGUUUAGCACUCUGUUUCAUCUGUCAAAUAUUGAAGCACCAGAUAACUA